AGAGAGAGAGAGAGAGAGAGAGGCUGUGAGAAAAGAGAAAUGCUAGCAGUGGAGAGACUCGGCUUACUUGGUUCCAGCAAUUAGUUUCUCCUGUGUGAAGGAAGCCAGAGGAGGCAUCACCAUGCGCUGCUCGCUCCUCCUCCUCUUCGUUUCCCUGCUCUCCCUUUCGGAUCUCGGAUCGUCGCAGCUCUCGGUGGAUUUCUACAACAGGACCUGCCCCGAUGUAGACAAGCUCGUUCACAACGCGGUCAGCGCGAUGGCCAAUCAGUCCAACGUAGUCACGCCGUCAACACUCCGGCUGCUUGCUCACGAUUGCUUCGUAGAGGGGUGUGACGCAUCAAUUCUCAUAACUUCGACCACCAACAACACCGCCGAGAGGGACGCGACCGAGAACAACAUCCCGCAGCAAGCCUUUGACACCAUAAUUCAGGCCAAGAAAGCCGUGGAGGUUGCCUGCCCGGGCGUGGUCUCCUGUGCCGACAUAGUCGUCAUGGCUGCGCGAGACGCCGUAGUACUGGCUGGAGGCCCGCACUGGGAAGUCACCAAAGGCCGAAGAGAUGGACUGAUAUCCCAAGCUUCCAGAGUUCCUGGCAGAUUACCUGGAGCAGACUUCAACGUUAGCGAGCUAAUAGAAAACUUUGCUGCUGUCAACCUCACCGCUGACGACAUGGUGAUCCUCUCAGGAGCGCAUACUCUUGGAUUUUCUCACUGCAACCAGUUCCGGAGCAGGCUUUACAGUUUUGAUGGAGUAAACGGCAGCAGCGACCCGAGCGUGAACGCGUCUUACAUUGGAUCGCUCAAAGCGAGCUGUCCACCCGGCGAAACUGGACCUGGAAAAUUCACCCCGUUCGAUGUCAGCUCCCCCUUCGUCUUUGACAACUCUUACUACAAGAACUUGCAGAUUGGAAGAGGCCUCCUGUUUGCGGACCAAGUGCUGUUCACCGAUAACACCACCAGGCCGCUGGUGAACGAGAUGGCUGAUUCCCAGGACGACUUCUUCGCGGCGUUUGUACAGGCGAUGACCAAGAUGAGCAACAUAAGCGUCAAGACUGGAAGCGACGGGGAAAUAAGGCAGAGCUGCAGCAGCUUCAACGCCCCACCGAAUUCAACCACACCAACUUGAGCGAAGUCCAAAAACAAAUAAGGUGGAGGAAGAGCACCUGCCAUGAAUUUGUAAAUGAAUUUUUGUUCGAAUAGAAUAAGCAUGGCAAUUUACCUCCA